CUUAGUAAUAACAGUAUAUUAUGCAUAAUUACAUGCAAUAACCCUAAAGCACGCCCUAACUCUUACCCUACAGUCAGUACAUGUUGUUAAUUAAUAUUCCUCAUUACUUAAAUAAACAAUUACACUGUAACAAGGACAUAAAAUGUAACCUUGGUUUUUUGUUGCAUGAACUAUAAUAACAGACGAAUAAAGUGUCGAAUGUGUCAGAAUGAAGCUCAGUGAGUGUCUUUUGUCUUUCUUCAGCAUGAACAGCUCUGUGUCUUUCAUUGUAUAUGUUAAUUUACACAAAGUGAAGAUCAUGAACUCCAGACUCUCACCGCUGAUCCUGCUGCUGCUCAUUCCAGGCUCUAUAACAUUGGACCAGCUCUCAGUGACCUGUAGUCAACAGAGUAUUUGUGCUGUGAAGGGGUCAGAAGUGACACUGAGGUGCUCUUACUCCAACAUCAACAUCAAAACUGUGUUCUGGUUCAGUGAGAAUCAAAGUACAAACUGGAGAAAAAACACUGAACCUGAAGAUUUGACUUUAGACUCAGAUUACUCAGGACGGGUUAAACAGAUCAGCAGUAAUUACCAAUCAGAACUCACAAUAUCAGACGUGAGAGAGAGAGACUCUGGAGAAUAUCAGCUCAUGUUCAUCAUGAAGGAUGGAGUUAAACAUCUCAGCUCAGCGGCCGUCAGUCUAACAGUCACAGUCCUGCAGGUGAGGAUGAAUCCUGCAUCUACAAACCAGACAGAUGAGACAGUAGAACUGAUCUGUGAUUCUUCCUGUGAUUUCACCUCUGGAGUUUACUAUUCCUGGAUGAAGAAUAGACAGCAUUUCAAAUAUACACAGUCCCCCAACAUGUCUGUGUCAGUCAGCAGAGAUGCUGGCAGCUUUUCUUGUUCCCUUUAUCCACAUUAUGAACAUCCCUCCUCUUCUGUGUGCAUUUCUAAGAGCGGCUGCUGGGAUGUGACUUACACCUCUAGAAGAGUCUGUGCUUUGGUCGGCUCAACAGUAGACAUUUCCGGCACAUAUUCACUUCCCUCUGGUUAUACUGUAAAUAAAACAUUCUGGCAUUACGUUUGGCCUGAGGACUUCAAGGAUCUGCGUGAGGAGCAUCAGUUUGCUGGUCGUGUGGAGUAUGUGGGGAACAAACUGAGAAUCAAAGAGCUCAAGAUCAGGGACUCUGGAGAAUAUCGAUUCAGGUUCAUCACUGACACUACAAAGUGCGAAUACUCUGGAUCACCUGGAGUCAUUCUUACUGUUACAGAUACACAGGUAACAAGCAACCCAGACAUUAUAUCAGAGAGACAGGAAGUGACAUUAAUCUGUUCAACUAAAUGCACUCUGAACAACAAACAUACUUACAUCUGGUACAAGAACGGACGACAGGUAACAGAUGGAUUCACUAAAGACAACAAGCUGUACCUGGACUCAGUCAGCAGUGAAGAGCUUCACCAGUAUUCCUGUGCUGUAGGAGAUCCAGUGGACAGCACAGCGUUCAGUCAUUAUACAGUCAUUCUGCUGGUGUUUUUACCUCAGUUUCUCAUAAUAGCAGCUCUGUGGAUGUGGUUUUUCAUCAAAAUGUGUCUCGUUUCAAAACCAAACUGAAAACAAAAGUGAAGAGUCUGAUGUUCCACGUCUGUACAUCUGCUGUCUGUCCAUCAGAGCCGCUGAAGUGAUGUCAUUGUGUUCUUCCAUUGUGACAUCAUCACCUAGCAACAGUCAGAACUGUCAGCAGCAACAUCAGUGAUACAGUGAUGUCAUAGACAGUGACAUAUCAUUGACUGUCAGUCUGCAAAGUCUAAUGCUCAGAUUUAUUCAUAGUAAGAGCCUUUCUUCAGACAUCAAACUAUUUAUUAACAAAGUCUCUUUCUUUUCCCCAAAAAAGGACUGAAAAAUGUCUGCAAAAUAAUCUAGGUUUUGGUCUUUCAUUUCUUCUCCUUCUACUAAAUCUAAGAAGCACUAUUUUAUUAUAUUUUUAAAGAUCAUGUAAGGAUUAACCUUAAGUGAAGGAGUGACCAUUCUGUUCUGUUUAUUUUUUAUCGUUUUUUUUUUCGGUAUGAGUGAACACUUUCAUAUUUUAUAUUUCAACAGAUUUAACCACCAGUGAUUGUUAAGUCGGAUGGAUUUUGAUUGGCUGUCAGUGUUUUUAUUGUUCAUCAUCUAAAAAAUAAAAACAUUGCUCUGGAAGUGAUCGCAACCAUUUCGUUUUAUUUUUUCUCCA